CAUUAACAAACGUGGACUAUGGAGAAGUUAACGGCUCAAUCCUAGGAUCAUUUCAAGACAGGGAGAAAAGUGCUGCUCGGAUCCAUCGGUAUGGUUGACGAAUCUCCGCAAGGAAAUUAAGCACACUCCUCAGCAUGGCCCAAUUGGAGAACGAGACCUCAAUCCCCCCUGGCUACAUGCCGCACUACCGUCUCCGAGGGGAUCCCUUUGCCUCUAAGCUGUCCAAGGAGGCAGACAUAGUGGCUGCGUUCUACAUCCUCAUCAUCGGCAUCUUGUCAACCACUGGAAAUGGCUAUGUCAUAUACAUGACAGCCAAACGGAAGAGCAAGUUAAAGCCGGCAGAAUUUAUGACACUGAAUCUAGCUAUAUUCGACUUUGGCAUAUCAGUUACUGGAAAGCCAUUCUUUGUGGUGUCUUGUUUUGCCCAUCGCUGGCUCUUUGGCUGGGAGGGUUGCUGGUUCUAUGGCUGGGCCGGCUUUUUCUUUGGAUGUGGCAGUCUCAUUACUAUGACAAUCGUUAGCUUAGACCGCUACUUGAAAAUCUGUCACUUAAGAUAUGGUACAUGGUUCAAACGGCACCAUGCUCUUCUCUGUGUGGUUUUCAUUUGGUUCUAUGCUGCUUUCUGGGCCACUAUGCCACUGGUGGGCUGGGGCAGCUACGCACCUGAGCCGUUUGGCACCUCCUGCACACUGGACUGGUGGCUGGCCCAGGCCUCAGUGGCUGGCCAGAGCUUUGUUAUGUCCAUCCUCUUCUUCUGCCUUGUCCUCCCCACCGGUGUUAUUGUCUUCUCCUAUGUCAUGAUUAUCUUUAAGGUGAAGUCCUCAGCCAAAGAAGUCUCUCAUUUCGACACAUGGAAUAAGAACAGCCACAACCUAGAGAUGAAGUUGACUAAGGUGGCGAUGUUGAUCUGUGCAGGGUUUUUAAUAGCUUGGAUCCCUUAUGCUGUGGUCUCGGUGGUGUCUGCUUUUGGGGAGCCUGAUUCAGUGCCUAUUCCAGUCUCUGUUGUACCGACUUUGCUGGCCAAGUCCUCUGCCAUGUACAAUCCAAUCAUAUAUCAAGUAAUUGAUUGCAAGACGAACUGUGCAAACUCUUUCUGCUUUCAAGCUUGGAUUAAAAGGAAACAUUACAAAACAUCACGGUUCUUCUCCAUCUCUGCCUCCCUGAAAUAGAGACCAGCCAAUGAAGUUCAAAUUGAGAUAUGAACAAAUGGCAAGAACACACAAUGGACAUGUAACUGAACACUGGGCACUUUCCUAAUUAUUGUGCAAUUUAGACAUAAACAAUUCACCCUUGCCGAACUUUGCUGGUGUAUUGUACUACUGUCCACAUCACAAACGUUUUGAAAACAUCUUUUAAUUUCACCAGUUUGUGUAUAGAAGAAUUAAGUGGUAAAGAUGAUAUGUAUUUUUAUAUUUUUUAUGUUAAUGUUUUUUUUUAUAUUGCUGUACCUGUGACAUACCUACAGACCCAAAACAUGCACAUCUGAAUUGUCCCUAAAGCACUAUGUAUAUGCACAGUACAACAGCGUUUGAUAGCUAAUGUGAUGUCACAUUUUAACAAAUACUAUUCUGUGUCAGGUAUAUUGUUUCUCAUUUAGGUUUUGGACACUGAGUGAACAUUAAUGAAAC